AUGAAUGGAACCUUGGAGGCCGCCAACAAGAACAUCAAGAAGAUAUUGAGGGAAAUGGUGGACAACUACAAGAAACGGCAUGAAAAUCUACCAUUUUCUUUUCUUGGAUACCGCACCAUAGUUCGUACAUCAACUGGGGUUGAAGUUGAUGAGGAUCCAGCAGAAGCCAAGAAGGAAGGACAAGAUGCGACAACUGAGAAAAAGAAGAAGACCAAAAAAAUUGUGGAGAAAUAUUGGGACUGGGAGCUUACAAAUGAGACUCAACCAAUAUGGCUUCAAAAUCCUAAGGAAGUAGGUCUGCUCUGA